GUUCUCUAAUGAUCUUGCUUCACCAUGGCUACAAAUAUGGAGGGGCUGGUUCAGCACAGAGUGGGGACCCAGCAGGUGGCUGAGGUACCCAGGUGACCACUCAGCACGUUGAUCCUCACCUUUGGUACCACGUACACAGACUUCUCGGCCGGAAUCUCCAGGGAUGACCAGCCCCUCCCCGCGCAUCCAGAUAAUUUCCACCGACUCUGCGGUAGCCUCACCUCAGCGAAUUCAGAUUGUAACUGACCAGCAGACAGGACAGAAGAUCCAGAUAGUCACCGCAGUGGACGCCUCCGGAUCUUCCAAACAGCAGUUCAUCCUGACCAGCCCAGAUGGAGCUGGAACUGGGAAGGUGAUCCUGGCGUCUCCAGAGACAUCAAGUGCCAAGCAGCUCAUAUUCACCACCUCAGACAACCUUGUCCCUGGCAGGAUCCAGAUUGUCACGGAUUCUGCUUCUGUGGAGCGUUUGCUGGGGAAGGCAGACGUCCAGCGGCCCCAGGUGGUGGAGUACUGUGUGGUCUGUGGUGACAAAGCCUCUGGCCGUCACUAUGGGGCUGUCAGUUGUGAAGGUUGCAAAGGUUUCUUCAAAAGGAGCGUGAGGAAGAAUCUGACCUAUAGCUGCCGGAGCAGCCAAGACUGCAUCAUCAACAAACAUCACCGAAAUCGCUGCCAGUUCUGCAGGCUGAAGAAGUGCCUGGAGAUGGGCAUGAAAAUGGAAUCUGUACAAAGUGAACGGAAGCCCUUUGAUGUGCAACGGGAGAAACCAAGCAAUUGUGCUGCUUCAACUGAGAAGAUCUAUAUCCGGAAAGAUCUGAGAAGUCCUCUGAUAGCCACUCCCACAUUUGUGGCAGACAAGGAUGGAGCAAGACAAACAGGUCUUCUUGAUCCAGGGAUGCUUGUGAAUAUCCAGCAGCCUUUGAUUCGCGAGGAUGGUACAGUUCUCCUGGCCACGGAUUCCAAGGCUGAAACAAGCCAAGGAGCUCUGGGUACACUGGCAAAUGUAGUGACUUCUCUGGCUAACCUGAAUGAAUCUUUGAACAAUGGUGACACUUCGGAAAUGCAGCCAGAGGACCAGUCUGCAAGUGAAAUUACUCGGGCAUUUGACACCUUAGCUAAAGCACUUAAUACCACAGAUAGUGCUUCACCUCCAAGUCUGGCAGAUGGAAUAGAUGCUAGUGGAGGAGGGAGCAUCCAUGUUAUCAGCAGAGACCAGUCAACACCCAUCAUUGAAGUUGAAGGCCCCCUCCUUUCAGACACACAUGUCACAUUUAAGCUUACGAUGCCCAGCCCUAUGCCAGAGUACCUCAAUGUACACUACAUCUGUGAGUCUGCAUCCCGCCUGCUUUUCCUCUCCAUGCAUUGGGCAAGGUCAAUCCCAGCCUUCCAGGCACUUGGACAGGACUGCAAUACCAGCCUGGUGCGGGCCUGCUGGAAUGAGCUCUUCACUCUUGGCCUGGCCCAGUGCGCCCAGGUCAUGAGUCUCUCCACCAUCUUGGCAGCCAUUGUCAACCAUCUGCAGAACAGUAUCCAGGAAGAUAAGCUUUCUGGUGACCGGAUAAAGCAAGUCAUGGAGCAUAUCUGGAAGUUGCAGGAGUUCUGUAACAGCAUGGCGAAACUGGAUAUAGACGGCUAUGAGUACGCAUACCUUAAAGCUAUAGUUCUCUUUAGCCCUGAUCAUCCAGGUUUGACAGGCACAAGCCAGAUUGAGAAAUUUCAGGAGAAGGCACAGAUGGAACUACAGGACUAUGUGCAGAAAACCUACUCAGAAGACACAUACAGGUUGGCCAGGAUUCUUGUCCGACUGCCAGCACUUAGGCUCAUGAGCUCCAACAUAACAGAAGAACUUUUUUUUACUGGUCUCAUUGGCAAUGUUUCAAUAGACAGCAUAAUUCCCUACAUCCUCAAGAUGGAGACAGCAGAAUAUAAUGGCCAGAUCACCGGAGCCAGUCUAUAGUGCACAGCCAGAAGCUGCCCACAGUGGAAUGCCUCCUAGGACUGUGCAGGUGCAAGGGAAGGAAAGUAGCAAUGUCUUGGUGUGUGCAGGUGUCUCCAGUGUGUUAGCCACUUCUUCCUGUUCAUCCCAGACAGUAGCAACAAAAGACCAGUAGAACGCUUUCCUGCCCUAAGGAAUGUUUUAAUGCCUUUUGGUGAAGCAGAUUCUGGAACAAUCUUUUAAUUCAAUUUGUAUUUAGAAAUUCUCAAAGGGCAAAAAACAAUACUGAAGUUUUAUAAUGUCAGAGACUAGUAUUGAAAGAAUACUAACUAAGAACAGUAUGUGUAAAUACAUUUAAAAAGAAAGAAAAAAGAGUCCUUGGAAUUAAUAACUACUAAUUACCAGGGUAAUGUUAGCACUUUCUAAGCACUUCUUAUCAAAUCUGUAAUGUUAACAUCUUGCCUGUGGACAGGGCAAAUGGAAAACUGUGUCCUUUUUGUCAAAAUGCUAAUGGUUUCUGUGAAAACUCAUUAGGGUACAGGAGACAAUCGUUCACAUUUAGAAGAGAGCAGCAGCUUUGUGCAGUGGUGGUGCUGAGCUAAAUUCCUGUGAGUGAAAUGUGGAUUACUGGUAUUGACCCACUAAGAGCUGUUGUGUCAGCCAGAGACCUGUAUCUGCAGACUCUUCCAGAACCUGGCUUAAGUUCCUGUGAUGAGAGUAAUUCUCCAGUGACUGAAAGUAUGUCCAGCUCUCUCUACCAACUCAUGGGAACUGGAGCCUUUGACCAAAAAGUGCAAGGUGGGUGAUCUGCACCCUUUAACAACACUUCAUGAGUAUGACCUGUAGUAGUUCAUGCUGUCCAGGGGCAGUGAGGGUUUCUAUUCCUGGUGUGCCUGGAGAGGGGCCAGUAUCUGUGAUCAUUCAGAACCUGCAGCUGAAUGGGGGCUAUGUAUCUUUACUGCCUGGUGAGGGAAGUGGGCCUUAACUAGUGGAACAAAAGGCAUCAAGAUAAAUUAUAAGUAUUAGUGGUUUUCAGUGUUCUGGGACCCCAUGCUCUUCAGUUCUUCUAGGUAUGUGCUAGUUCAACAAAGCUCUCUGGGGUGUUUGAAAUAAUAGAAGCAACCUGCCCUCUCUUUCAAAAGAGGAUCCAAAAGCAAUCCCCAGACAGGGCACAUAGUGCAGGCCUGUAACCUCAGCACUUGGGAGGCUGAGUCCGGAGGAUUAUAGAUUCAGGGUCAACCUAAGCAAUUUAAUGAGGAAACUCCUUUUGAGUUUUAAAGGGAUCUGGGAAGUGGGGUGGUGACUUAGUGGUAGAAUACUUGCCUAGCAUGCAUUAGGUCCUGGAUUCCAUCCCCAGUACCCAAAUCAAAAAGUAAAAGCAAAACAGUUAAUGACCAUAGUUUCCACAAGAGUGCAGAAUUCAGUUCCAAGAAAGUCAGAUCUGAUUUUAAGCUCUCUGCAUUCCCAUGGGUGCAAGUCUGCAGCAGCUGGGAAAAAAAUGGAAGGUUGGGAUAGGCACUUGAUUCGCAGAAAUUAAGAAAAUUAUAUCCUAUAAAGUUUGUACUUGUUGAUGGGCAGGUACAGCUAUGACGUUCAAGGCUAGACAGGCUGUUUCUUUUUGAGUUACUGACUUUUUAUUCACUGUUAUUGGGACUUAAGUGCAUAUAGUAACUCUAGCUUCUAAAUUCCCAGCUAGAUUUUGAAGACAGUAUUGGAAAAUAGUAGGAAUGGCCAGUAUAAAAUGAUGGAAAGAACUUAAUUUUGUCAGCUUAAAGUUUUCUUUUUAUGUGUAUAUUCAAAAUUAAGACAAUGACCAGACACGAGUAUAUUGGGUCUCUUUCAUCUCUUUAGAGGGGUCCUACAGUACAUAUGAACAUCUUUGCUUGUCUUAGGAUUUUACAGUUGAGCAUGCCAGUCAUUUCUAGGCCACUCAGACAGGGCCUGGGCAUCCCCAAUCAGGCUAUUUAGACCAUGGUUGGAUAAGAAGUGCCAACCGCUGAUAAAAAUGGCACUGGGGGGCAUGGGGGCGAGGAGAUUUUGCUGGGAAAAAGGUUGGUGAUUCUAACCUGCUCAGUCCUUUGUAAAUCCUGUCACUGGUAAUGGCCAAUUAACAGGGCCACUUUGGGCCAAAUUCCUUUACUGGUUGUCCAGAUCUUUGUGGCCUUACCUUUAAUACAUGUAUCCACACAAUGUUCUCAUUAACUGAAAACAUUUCAAACUUUGAGUGCUGCUCCAUUCCAUCUUGUCAAUUGGACCUAGGAAGGUCAACCCCAGUCGUUUAAGAGAGCCCAAUCCAGUCAGUUUUCAGGGCUUUCCAUCGUUGAUUUAGGAGUCUGUGAUAUUCCCAAGUCUAAUGAAGCAGGAGAGGCUUGUCUAGACACUCCUCUCUCAGGUAGGUGGAUAGACACAAACUGACUUGGCUACUCUCAGGUAGGAGCCUGGCUAACUAGGCUCUUUUCCAGAAGUAUCUCAAAUAAAGUUAAGAUAGUUCCAGGUUAAAAUUGGGAUAAAAUACGCCAGGAUAUUUAGACAAAGACCACAUUCCCUAAGCAAGUCACCCUAGUUACUCCUCAAGGUGUUCAAUGCAGUAUGUCACCAUCCUUACAGUUUGCAGGGGCUUAUUUACUACAUAGUCUCUUCCUGAGGCUGCAGUUGGGGUUGUGCUGUCUGGGUUUCUGUACUGAAGUUUAAAUGGAGUCACUUAUGCCCUUGGCAUGGUUCUCGAAUUUCGGUGUCAGUAUUAGAUGUGGACGGUAUUCAUUCUGAGGUACUCACUACAUCAACCAAGGUGGCCAGUGUGAUCCCCAAGUGGAGCAGCAACAUCUAUACUACACAUACUUGUUUCUGGAAGGGUAGUCCUACUCAUGCACUUCCCCUGAUCAGCAUCUAUGUUCUGGAAACCUGUUGUUGCUUUCCAAUGACUUUCCAAUGGGUGUGCAGUGGGGCUGUUGGUGCUGCUGAAACUCUCUUCUAAUCCAGGCCAUAAAAAGCACCAUCUGACUGCUGCUUUUCUCCAGCAGGAGGGUCCUGGGAAUAUCCCACACUGGCAGAAAAGGUACCCCACCUCUUGUUUUGCCCAACUUCCAGUCUCUAGAUUAUGUGGCUCUUUGCAAAAGUCUUAACUCUGAUGUCAAUUUCUAAAACCAACUCCAAAAUGAGAUGGGGUUGGCCUAGGUGUUUUGUACUAGGUUCUGGACUUCCUCAUUGAGUGCCUCCCAUCAGUGUGCACUUUCUGUGCACACCCUGUCCCUUUAGCUGCACUGUGUAUGCCCAGAAUUAUAGGCCUAGAUGACUGAAUGAAUGUACAUGUGUUCAUAUUAUCUUUGUACAGUGUAUAUAAUGUUGUGUAUAUAGGUGUACAUUAUGUAUACAGACAUGUAGCCAUGUAUCCAAACUUCUAUGUUAAGAGUUGAUGCUAGCGUUGCUUAUGUGAAUGGAUGUGGGUAUUGCAAGGUUCCUUUGACAGGGAUGUACUGGUGAAUUUCUUACCAACUUCAUUUUCCUAGAACAGGGAGCUGCCUGGGAAGGACCUGACAGGAGGGCAGUUUUCUAGGUUUAGAAGGGCCCAGAAGCUGGUGGAAGAGAUGUUAGUGUAAACCUGCUUUUCAAAAGCCAGUUUAGCUUAACUAGAAGGAACUUAGUGGCUGAAACAGGCACUUGGGAUCUCAGGGGCUACAGCAGUCUCUUUUGUUUACCCUGUGCUCUGUCAGCAAGACUUGGGUACUGUUUGGCCGUAAAAAUAACUGGCCUACCAAACAUUCUUUAAAAAAUGCUAAUAACUAACUUGUGGCAUGUAAACCACAAAUAAUAAAUUGUCCCUAUAAAUAGAAGCAAGUGAGGGGUUAUACUGACCUAACUACGUUCUAUAAAAGUUGUACUUAAUAGUACAACUAAGCUAAGGCUGACAUUUUCCUCAUCUACCAGGUAUAUUCUGAUGAAAUUUGCCCCCUGUGAUUGGGAUUGUAGGCUGAGACGGGUCUUGGGAGCCAAGGCCCAGCCUGGCAGAGCUGCUAGUGGCCUGGCUUGGAGGAAACCAAGUGCAAAAAGCCUGCCUGACCCACAAGGUUGUUGCUCUUUGUGUUUUAAGAAAUAAUUGUUAAGACUAUAGUCCUCAGUGCCUUUGGUGAGACAUGGGUCAUUUGGCUUCAGCUUCCCACUUUUUGUCCCUGCCCUCACCCCCUCAUGGUUGUUCAAUCUUGCCUGUGUCAUUGCCUCUUGUGACAAUCACACUAUUCAAAGUUAUACUUUCCAAGUAUAACACAAGGAAGCUUGGCAGUUGCUAAAUGAAUCCUUCCAUUUUCUUUGGGGGCUAUUGUCUUAGCAGCAACCUGAGAGUGAGUUUAAAAGUGGCUUAGGAAGGAGAAGAACACCAGAUAUUUCUAAUGCUCAGCAAUACGCACUUUCAGUUAAUUUUCAAUAAUUUUGGUAUUUAUACAUGGAAUGUAGGGAAAAUGCUCAACAUUAUGUCACUCUUAAGUUUUAGUGUUUGGUAUAGACUGCAACAUUAUAUAAAUGGCCUUUCUUUGGGAAAGUACCAUCAUCAGUUGUCAUCCCAACAGCCUGCUCAUUCACAGAUGCCAAUGCACACACAACUCAAGUGCUGGAAUAUUUUUCUAGUCUGUUUUCCCAAUUAACUUGUAAAUCAGUGUUCAACUAGUUUUAUAACUGAGAAGCUGCACAUUUUUCAUAGUACCAACUAGUUUGUAGUUUGGAUUUCUCUGUUAAGAUACAGCGCAUUAUCUGCUCCCCUCCUCCCCCCUUUUUAAAGGACAUCUACUAAAGGAAAGUUCAGUGUGGAAUUUUCUUGGGACCGGUUGUAUAACUCUGCCCUUCACACUAUAGAAAACACCAUGGAUGCCAUUACCUUUUGAUUCCAGGUUUAAAACCUGCGGAGAGCUACCAUUUUGUAGCUUUUCUCCCUGUGUAAAUGAGCUAUGUGGUGGCAUUUAAAACCCGCAUGUUCUUUUUAAAUUGAAUUUUCUAUCUAAUCAAUGUCUUCAGUCCUGAAGGAGAAUCUGCAUCGUUGUGUCUAUGUAGAGAGUUGCUGUGCAUGGUUAUGAGCGCCUUUUACUAAAAUCUGUUCAAUGUGGCUUUGUUGUUGUGGCUUAAUACUACCUACAUGAGGUUUAUACUAUUAAAGUAAAUUAAAGACUA